AUGGAUGCACUUGUUCAUCAUGAUGAACAACUUAUGGACAUGCACGGGGAAGGUAUCCUUGAAGGUGGCUAUACCAGGGCGACCAGAUUGCCCGCUUCUGAUGGCAAGGACAAGCCUGCAAAGGCUCCCAAGAUCCCCAAAGCGGCGGCCAAGAAGGCUGCUGCAGCAAAGCCUGGCGGAGGGGUUGCUGGUCAGGCAAAGUCUGCCCCAGCACGCCGUGCCAACGGUAAGCAGCCGGACCAGUGA